UGGAGUGUGAUGCAUAUGAGCGGGAGAGUCUGGAAAUGAUGAGAGUGAUACUGGAUGAAAGAGGUGAGGGUGACGGAGUGGUAUAUGAGAGAACACGAGACGAAUGGAUGGCAAUGAUAGUGGGCUUGUCAACUGGGGUGACAGCCGCUAUGACUGAGAGUGGAAAGCGUUUUCUGGAGAGUGCAUGAAGAGUGAGGGAAAGGAGGAGGCUGGCAAGAGUGGAGGCCGGGGGACAGUAGAGAGCAGCAGUAUAAUAAAGAUAGAAUAACCAAACCAUAAUAAUUCAAUAUAACACAGAUAGUCACUUAGGGCGUUAGAGGCCACAUAACUAAUGUAAAUGUAAAGUUACAUAGGGCAAAAACUGAGAUAUAGCAAUAAUAAACCAUAUGAAUUUCCUCAUGAUUCCCUUUCACCUAGCUCUCAUCUUACCCCUAGCACGAACCCUCACGCCCUCCUUGCUGUUUAUAGUUUCCCUUUCUUCCUCCUUUCUACUAACAAAUGAAAAUGUGAUGCGUGGCUGAUGGCCGUUGCAAAGGCCUGACUCUGAAAUGUCAUUCUUCCCUUCAGAGUCACCAUGCCCCAAAUCCAAAUCCAAUUUAUUUAGCUAAUGAUCAUUUAUCAAAUAUCAAUAUGGCCUAUUAUUUAUAAUUUCUUGAAUAAUUUCAAGGUAUUAGUGUUUUAGUUUGUGUAUAUAUUAAUUUUAGUUGAGUAGAUAUUUCUAAAAUAUUCAAAUUUCAUCUCCCUAAAGAAAAAAUUGAAUUAUUCAAAUCACACAAGAAAAUAUAAUGAGUGUCACACUCCACACGGAUGUUGGAGACCUGAAGAUAGAGCUGUUCAUUGAUCCCUGUCCAAAGGCCUGCCACAAUUUCCUAGCCUUAUGUGCCUCUGGCUAUUAUGAUGGCUGCUUAUUCCACAGGAACAUCAAGGGCUUCAUGGUCCAGACCGGGGACCCAACCGGCACCGGCAAAGGAGGCUCUUCUAUUUGGGGCAGCAAGUUUGAAGACGAAGUCCGAGACGACCUCAAACACAACUCCAGAGGCAUUGUAAGCAUGGCCAGCAACGGUCCUGACACCAACGGAUCGCAGUUCUUCAUCACGUACAGCAUGCAGCCUCAUCUCGACCUCAAGUACACUGUCUUCGGCAAAGUCAUAGACGGCUUCGAUACUCUGGAUGAACUCGAGAAGCUGCCUGUGGAUGCUAAGACCUACCGCCCUACGCGCCCCACCCGCCUCAACUCCGUCACCAUCCACGCCAACCCCAUCGCCGACAAGUCCGGAUGAGUCCUUUUUAUCCGAUAAAUCGGGCAGAGCCUCUUGUCUUCGAUAAAUUGGGCCUCCUUUCACCCACGCACAACCCCGUCGCCGACAAGUCAGGUCUCGCCUUCCUUCCUUCCAUGGAGGAGAGACCGCGAUCGUCGCUUCGCCGAGAAUCCUUGUUGCAAAGCAGCUUUAUGUUCUCAUCUAUAUUAUUUAAUAAUGAGAUAUUUGCAUAAAACACUUCAUGAUGGAAUUAGACAAAGGAUUAUAAUAAUAUUUUGAAGAAUUAUUUUAUCAAGCAUAACUUUUUUUCGUCAGAUAUUGUUUGAUAACAUUACACAGUCACCUGGGGAAUUGGUAGAAAAGCAUUCAUUUUCUCGAGGUCAUUCAACACGGCUUACUCAUGGAUCUCAAUAGCUUUAAGAUUAUUUCUACCCAAUUUUUACAUUCGAAUAAACUAUUACCAAGAAGCGUUU